AUGCCGACAGCGGAUUGUUCUCGUCAACACGACGGAGGAGUGGAUGACACCACUAGUAAAACACAUGUUAGUAAUAGAGCGACGCCUGCAGGAAACAGAAAGGGUCUUGUAAACGGCGACGCAGGAAAUCUCCCAGAUACGCAAAUCUCUAACAAACCCGAUUAUGAAAACAAAGGCUCAAACGAGAACGUGUCUAAGAGUGAUUUAGGACGAAAGUCUACCAGUCCGGAAGCUACAUCCAGUCCCAGUAAAUCAACAGGUAGACGGCAGGUUAGUUUUGAGAAGGGUGAUCAGGGGAAAGAGGCAGACAAGGAAGAAGGACAAGCCGAUGCCACCUCGAAACAGGGUAACCAACAGAAGGCAGGGGAUCUCCCUGGCUCGGGCUCCCAAACUGUUUACACUCUACGGAAUGAAGGAGAGAUUGUGAACAUCAGUACGUCCGACCAGCCCGGUACUGUAGGUGUUGAGGAGGAGGAAGAGGACGAGGAAGACGAAUCGGAGGAGGAUUCGGAGGAAGAUUCAGAGGAGGAAACAGCAUCUGAAUCCGAGGUAGAAGAAGAUACUAUGGAUGGAAAACACGAAGGAGUUGUCAAUGGAGACAGUGGACAACAUCCAAGGAUUACUGUGCCGUGCCAAGACCAUUCUGGGAAAUACCACUCAGAGUUGUCAGCAAAGCCUCUCAAAGAUUUCGUGCUCGAAAAGGAGGAUUUUCAUGACAACUUUGUCUCCAUCGGCAACAUUUAUUCAGAAUGUGAACACGUGACGUCAUCAAUUAACAAACAGUUGAAGGAAUUACGUCAAACUACCAAUGAGUUGAGCAGGCUCAUUAACCGGAAGUUCAGAGAGGAGGACCUGUCCUCGUGGGUUGAUUCAGCGGGUGAUGAAGCUGAGAGAGAAUUCCGUCUGAGAGAGGAAAGGACGGCGCAGGAAAAAGCUGUACUUGCAAAGGCUGCAGAAGCACGCGCAGCCCUCGCUAAUGCAACGAGUGGUGUCGCGGAAACUCACGAGAUCAUUGCCCAGGCCGAGGCUGACGCAGCAGAAGCGGAAGCCACAGCCAAAAAGGCUCGAGCACAUGCAGAUGAUGCUAUCAGAACAGCCGAAGAAGCAAAACGAGCAGCGGAAGAGAAGAAAAGGGUGGAAGAAGAGGCGCGGAAAAAAGCUGAAGCGAAGGCAAAGAUAAAAGCAGAGGAAGACAGGAAGAAGCGUAAGGAAGAGGAGAAGAGGUUGGCAGAAGAAGCGAAGAGGAAAGGAACAUCUGUUGACGAUGAGAGGCAGAGAGAGAUGGAUGAGAGAGAGGCCAGAGAGGCAGAGAGGAAGAAUCCGAAGAACUGGCCGCGAUACAUAUACAGUAUUGACGGUGGUGACUUUGAUCCUGGUGUUGGCUGUAUCAUCCGGGCAAUACAGGGCAGCAUGUCACGUGACGACGUGGAGGUGAAGCGACUGGACCAACUUUCCGGGGUUUUGUCUUUGUAUGAAAACGAGGAACUCAUAAGCAACAUUGUGCAUGUGCAGCCAAACGACAAAGAGAAAUCCUUCACGUUUGAAGAGCCAUUUUCUCUUGCCAUCCCUCACUGCGCCCCGAGGUCUGGGCUGGGCAGGGAGCCGGUCAUCAAGAUGCUGCAGCCCAAUGGACGCUGGACAGACUUGCCAACGAACGACGUGCACUUCGAGGACAUAAAGGAGCUGCGUUUUGUUGAGGCUAGGUUAAAGCGGUUUGGUACAUUCGCCGUCAUCUACAAGAUCAAGAAGGACACGAUGACGUUCACGAAGAAAGGGGGAAAGGUGACAUCCUCGGUUGACUCCCGCGUCACCUUCACGGCAAAGCAGAUGUGUUUCAAGCAGAAUGCCAGUUUCAACCUCGAGGUUCAGUCAGUGGACAUAUCAUUAGUUUCGGAUCUCCGCAAGAAGAGGUCGGAGUGUUCAACGUUCCUUGCAUCGAGUCCCAUCAUCAAACUCGGAAGUCUUCUUAAAAAGUUUCAAAAACCUCUCACAGUCACCCUUCCCGUUCCCCCGAACCCCUCAAGGCUCAAGAGGCCUGGGACGAGCGUAAACAGGGAAGAGAAAACGGACAAAAUAGACAUUCGUCCGGCCACUGCCAAGCCAGGAGUCAUCUUCACCAAGAAGGAAGAGGAAACACCAGUGGACGGCCUCCAUCUUGUGCAGUAUCUCUCUGACGGCACAUGGGUGAAGGUUACCGAUGUCACAUUAGUGCAGGCCAAGAAUAAAGAUAUUGUAACCUUUGAUAUCAACAAAUUGUACGAAAGAUUCUCAAUAAUUAGAACUAAGCUUGAAGCGACAAACACACAAGUAGAACAGAUCGCAGCUACCCUCAAUGAGGCAAUUCCGCAGAGGACAAUCCAGCUGUUCCUCCGCCAACACAGUGAGAACCUCAAUGAGAUCCUCAUUUCCUGUUCUAAUGUGUCUCGCGUGGACAGGUCUCUACGAAAGCUUGAAGACGAAGGCUUCGAGGAAGGACCACCUCUCAGCAAGGAAAUAAGUGUGAAAGAAGGCCAAAUCAUUUAUCUCAAGUUCAGGGGAAACCUCAAACCAGAGACAGAUGACUUCAAACACCAGUUUGUCUUCAAUUCACAUAUAUCAUGUAGAGUGGAUUUCGCUGUUGAAACCGUGGAUACAUUUGCACAAAAAGGUUUUGACAGUUACCGUGGAUUUGCUCAGUUGUUCACAGAAGGUCUCGUGCCCAAAACACUCCCUCCAGCAGAAGACAACAACAGAGAGUCAAAGCGUGGGAAUACUCAAAAACCUCAACCACGUGUUGUCAUGGUGAUAGGAGAAGUCCUAAUUUCAGAGCUGCUUAUGACAAUACCAAAGCCAGAGCCAGAACCACCGAAACGUUUGUUAACAGCACCUUUAUCGAAUGCAUCAGAAGGUCCUGUUGAUAACGAACUGCUGUUUCACCUCGCACGAGAACUUGGGGAUGAGUGGAAAAAGUUAGCCCAGUACCUCAACGUCAGGAGGAUGCGUAUUCAGGCCAUCUUGAGACAGAACGUCAACAACGACAACACAAACAAGGUCUACGACAUGCUGACGACAUGGUCGAAGCGAUUACCGAGAGCAGUUGAUAGGGUGGAUAUAUUGUACCACGCCCUGAUGUCUGCGGGCCGAGGAGACCUAGCAGCGGAACUCAGAGAAAGGAAGAUUGAGUUCAAACGUCAACGAUCUUUUAGUGCUAGAGAUUCCUACCUUCGGAAGGCGUUUGUGAAGAUAGCGCGAGAUCAGAGCGUGACCGUGAACUGGAAGCACUUUGCGAGGCGGUUGGGUGUGAGCGACUCGGACAUGGUGGAUAUUGAAAGGAGUCGUCCCACCAGCCAGGACCGGUGCUACUCCAGUCUGCAACUCUGGCGGGAACAGAACGGAGACAACGCAACCCUAACCACACUCUCACAAAAACUCAGAGUCUGCAGAUACCGACAACUUGCAAAAGACAUUGAAUCCAUUGCCUAGACGGCCGUGACUGUGAGGGGGACCUAAUCUCAAUCUACACCACAGGCAAUGAAUAUGAAAAUAUGGUACCAUAGCUACGUUCAUCAUAAUACAUAUUCAGAACUGUAUCCUGGUAGUCAUUUUUGUUAACAUAGGGGAUGACAGGACCCGUGCAGUCGUGACAGCCCUUGUAUAUUUGAACUGGUUUAUUUAUUAGUCCUCCAAGACUAGGUUAUUUUUAACUGUUGCAAUACUAUGAUGUCAUUUUGUUCAGUUAAUUUAGUCAGUACUCUUAGAAUUGUAAAGUUGCAUUUGUCAAUAAUGAAGCUGUGCAUCGGUUUAAAAAUACUUUCAUGAUUCAAUGAUGAGUCAAAACUUGAAUGGUAAAUUGUGGUCAGACAAUAGAAGUGCAAUUCAUCCGUCCACAAACUAAAGCAGUGCACAUGGUAAUAGCGCACGACUGUGAUAAAAGUGUACAGUAGCUUUUUGAUAGACUUUCAGAUGAUAUUCAUGCUAUAUCUGUGAUAUAUAAUACUUGCCACAUUUUUACAUGUUUCAUAUUUAACUUUCACAGUAGCAAAUACUUACUGGCCGUUCGCAUAUAGUGUCCAAGAUAUUCGGCAAUCUAUUGGUAUCUUUAUACUUAUUUACUCAGUUGUACUGGAUGUACAUGUAUAUACAGUUAUGAUUUUUUCACAAGACAUUCUGUUAAAUUCCAAUUGCCAAAUGACUCUCCAGUAUUUGUAGAUUUAUGAAUAUAUCCUGUUUUACAUUUAUUUGAUCGUAUAGAUUACCAUGCACAUGUAUACAGUUGCUGCAAUAAACUGUUACCCGUUUC